AUGACACCUUUGUCUGAGGAAGAGCAGAAAGAUUUCGAUAAUGCAAAGGUUUGCGCCAUAUGUGAGAAACCAUUCGAAAUGUGGCAACCAAAGAUAAAGGACCAUUGCCAUUUAACGGGAAAGAAAAGAUUUGGGGCCAGUCAUUCGGUUUGCAAUUUAAAUUAUAAAAUACCGAACUUUAUUCCCAUUAUAUUACACAACUUUUCCGGAUAUGAUGCACAUUUAUUUGUACGCGAGUUGUGCUCAAACAAAGAUAAAAUCGACGUUAUUGCUCAAAGUAAGGAAAAGUACAUUUCAUUUACAAAACACCUUUAUAUGUGCGAUUAUGUUGGAAACGACGGCAAAACAAAGAAAGCUUAUUUAAAAAUGAGAUUUAUAGAUAGUUUCAGGUUUUUAUCAACAUCUCUCGAAAACUUAGCGGCAAAUUUAAAUGAUAGUCAAUUCGAGGAAAUCGUUAAGUAUUUUCCGGAUCAGGAGCGCUUCAAUUUAAUUCGACAAAAAUGUGUUUUUCCAUACAGUUUUCUAACAGAUAUUAAUAAAUUGAAUAAAAGCGAGUUGCCUACAAAGGAUGAGUUUUAUGAUAAAUUGAACGAAACUCAUAUAACAGAUAAUGAAUGCGAAAGAGCACAGAAAACGUGGAAUAUGGUUAAUUGUCAAAGUUUGGGUGAUUAUUCCGAUAUAUACUUGAAAUCAGAUGUGUUAAUAUUAUGCGAUGUAUUUGAAAACUUUAGAAAAUUGUCUUUGAACAAAUAUAAACUGGAUCCAUGUCAGUAUCUGAGUGCACCUAGUUUGGGGUGGGAUGCCAUGUUGAGAUUAACAAAAAUAGAGUUGGAGCUUUUAACUGACGUUGAAAUGAUACAUUUUUUUAAAAAAGGUAUUCGCGGUGGAAUCAGUCAAUGUUCCGGUAGAAAACAUAUCGGAAAUAACAAGUUUCUUCCAAAUUUUAAUCCAAACGAACCUUCGUCUUUUAUAACAUAUUUGGACGCGACGAAUCUAUAUGGGCAUAGUAUGUCACAGUGUUUACCAACCGGGGGAUUUACGUGGUUAACAGAAUCAGAAAUCUCUCAGUUGGAUGUUAUGGAUAUUCCAGACGAAGGGUCUUAUGGUUAUGCAUUAGAAGUAGAUGUAGAAUAUCCUAAAGAAUUACACGAUGUUCACGCGGAUUUACCGAUUUUGGCUGAGAAUAUGAUUCCACCCGGUGCAAAAUCGAUUUCCAAAUUAAUUCCAAAUUUAAAUAACAAAAAUAAAUAUAUAGCACAUUUUAGGAAUUUGAAAGUUGCAAUUAGAAACGGUUUGAAGGUAACGAAAAUACAUCGCGUAAUUAAAUUUAAUCAGAGCGCUUGGUUGGAAGUAUAUAUCGAUCUUAACACAGAAAUGAGAAAUGCCACAAAUAAUAAAUUCGAAAAAGAUCUCUAUAAAUUAAUGAACAAUGCUGUGUACGGCAAAAGCUUAGAAAAUGUUGAUAAUAGGAAAGAUAUUAAACUUGUAACUCAUUGGGAAAAAGUUCGUCAAUCGUUUGGGGCUAACACGUUAAUCGCUCGACCGAAUUUUGAGACAUGCACAAUUUUUUCAGAAUAUUUCGUUGCUAUACAUAUGGGCAAAUUGAAAGUUAACUACAGCAAACCUAUAUACCUAGGUUUUAGUAUAUUAGAAUUAUCUAAAACGGUGUUGUACAAUUUUUUUUACGACACAAUAAAAACUAAUUUCGGCAAUAAAGCUUCUUUAUUGUAUACUGACACCGAUUCGUUAAUAAUCAAAAUUUAUACCGAUAACUUUUAUGCUUUUAUGAAAUUGAAUAUAGAUCGCUUCUAUACGUCAAACUACAAGGAUGGAAAUAAGUUUGAUGUUCCAGUAUCUCGCUCGAUAUUGGGCAAUUUCAAAGACGAAUUUCCAUCUGAUCCAAUAACAGAAUUCUAUGGCACGGGAGCUAAAGCAUAUUACGUAAAAUCUAUAAAUAGUGAAUUGAAAAAGGCUAAAGGGGUUAAGAGGUCUGUUAUAAAAAACAAUUUGACCGUGGACGAUUACCAGAAAAUCGUAGAUCGGGGCGGUUUAAUUUUCAGAAAAAUGAACUCUUUCCGAAGUGAGUUACACAACAUUUAUACGGAAUUAAAGAACAAAGUGGCUCUCUCUCAUUACGACGAUAAGCGUUUCAUCAUUCCCAAUACUGUUUCAACUUUACCCUGGGGUCACAAUGAUAUCCAGUUCUAUCAAACCGAAUACGAUAAAAAUUUUGAUUGGUUCGUGACAGUCAUAAGCCAGACCGCGGGUAUGAGUAAUUCGGAAAACAAUUUACAAAAUUUAAUUCGGGCACUUGAAGAAAUUGUCGAAUAA